AUGUAUCGUUCCCGAAAGUUGACUGUAUUUCAGCGGUGGCUCAUUGUAGUUGGUGGCUUCGUUUGCUAUUGUCUUGCUGACGGCUUCACUUAUUCCGUGGGUGUUUUGUACUCUUGUUUUCUUGCUGCAUUCAACUUGAGCAGUUCCUCCACCUCGGUUCUUCCCGGUUUACUUUACGCCGUUCCACAAUUCACCGCAAUAUUUCUGUGUCCUUUGUUGGAGACCUAUGGUUACUCCUCGGGAGCCAGUUGGGGUGCUAUAAUUUUGAGUGUCAGUUGUAUUGUUGGUGGCUUCGUUUGCUAUUGUCUUGCUGACGGCUUCACUUAUUCCGUGGGUGUUUUGUACUCUUGUUUUCUUGCUGCAUUCAACUUGAGCAGUUCCUCCACCUCGGUUCUUCCCGGUUUACUUUACGCCGUUCCACAAUUCACCGCAAUAUUUCUGUGUCCUUUGUUGGAGACCUAUGGUUACUCCUCGGGAGCCAGUUGGGGUGCUAUAAUUUUGAGUGUCAGUUGUAUUGCUUCCGCCUAUGCUCCAAACAUACAGUUGCUGUAUCUCACCUUCGGAGUUCUAUCCAGCUUUGGAUUGCAAUUGACCUACUCGUCGGCAAUUAUGGCGGUCACUGAAACUUUCAAGGAUGACCGGCUUCCUUCAACUUCGUUUCGGCGAAUUUGGUCGUGCAUACGAUAUGCGAUAUGCGUUCCUUCGCGUUGUCGCUUUCGGGCCCUUGGAUGUUCCACUACUCCAGUGUUAGCUGCAGACUCAAUCGAGGAUAUCCGAGUGGACAUGGUAAACGAGCGAUCCGGAUGCGCUGAUUUCCUGACUGCCUUCAAGGUCAGUCUCAAACAGUUGGGUUCCCGGAAUCUGUGGAAAAAUCCCACCUACGUCGUCUACAUUUUCGCCAAUGGCUUGGCUGGAGCAGCGAUUGUGAUACCCUGGACAUUCAUUUACGACCAUGGUAUCUUGUCGCUUAGUGAUGAAAACGGGAACUUGGACGAAACAAAUAUGUCAAAUGUGUCGUUGUUACCUUCCCUUAUUGGCAUGGGGUCGUUGAUCGGACAAAUUGCCUUUGGCUUGAUCACCUCACAGCUCGGUCAACUGAGUGCUCCUCUGUGUUCUUGUUGGCUAACUCAAACGAACAACCUCAGUGAACAACCACUGUCCAUUUUGCCGGAAAGAAAAAACCGUUUCCUCGGAUUUUUACGCCGCAUGUGGUCUGACAAAUCUUCGUGUCACCUCCUUCUGUUCAUGGUAGUCCUCUUAUGGAGUAGCCUGUCCACAUUGUUGAUCAGCUUGCUGCCCUUAUCCAUGCUGGCCGGCCAUAUAUCCACCAAUGUUUCAUUCUUCUCCCUUCCUAUUGGGCGAGCUAUGGCGGCAGCCUGUCUACUGGUCGGUAUCUCAUACGGUGGCUUUUACGUCCUAUAUCCACAAAUUUUAAUUGAUACAUUGGGUGAAAAUCUGUGGCCGGCCGGUUUGGGCGUGUUUCUGUUCGUCAAUGGAGCGAUGAAUCUUAUUGGUACCACAAUUGGAGGUCGUCUGUUCGACACUUACAACUCCUACAAACCCGCUUUCCUGCUUGCCAGUUUGAUUCUGUUUGUCAGUCUAACGAUUGUCGUCGUGCAGCAAACCGUUCAUUUCUUCCUAAAGCGACGACUCUGUUCAUUAGAAACAGUUGCUCAGCAACCGCCUCACUAGCUUCGAUGCCAAAAUUCUUACUUUUGAUGCUUGUUUUAUUCCAUUGAUUUAUGUAUGGCAACAUUUUCUAUGCGAAGUGCCCAAGAAUUUCACAAUUUAUUCUUUCGUUUACGGUUCUAUUUCGAAAAAUUUGCGUAGA